ACUGGUGAUACCCAUUUUUAUUUCGGGAACUCACUCCAUUGAUGUAACGGAAGAUAAUGAUGUACUUCUUGAGACCAAACUACGUCAUGUCACGGCAAUAAUGAAGCGCUAUCGGUCGAUCCAACUUGUGAACUGCCAGACCAGAACAUUGACAAACGUUGCUCUUUGUAGAGCUGCUACCUCCAACGGUACAGGUGUGCCUGUUACCAUUAGAUUACUAGCCAUUGCCCCGUAUUUAAAAGGAAGCAAACUUCCUGUUUCCAAAACCAUGGUACGUAAUUUCAAUCAACAUCAUUGGAAUCAAGACUAAAUUGAUUAAAGGAGUAAACUCCUGACGCUACUUGACUAUGACGUUGCUCCUCCAGAAGCAUGAGUUCCCCUGACACAAGAUUG